UAUAAAAAGGGUAUAGUAUUCAGUUUUAACGAGUUCUGUCGUGAUUGGAUCGAUACAAAAUCUCUUUUCUAUUUUCUUCCACUCUCAGUAUCGAAGACGAGGGGAGUUGGAGAGGGAGAGGUAAUCGGAGCUAAGACUUGAAGUAAACACAACAUCGUUAAGUAUUGUUAUGAUGACAGCAACACGGAGAAAGAACAAAGAUGUUUAAGUAGCGUGACCAAACCAUUUCAUGAAAUUCUGCUGAUUUUCUGCGCUUUUGUUUCUCGCUAUAUUUAUUAUCUUCCUUUGUACAAUAUAGGAGGUUAUAGGAAAAUGUCGAGGCCUACUCAUAGAGGUUCACCCGGUAUCCGGAUCUCCGGGAAUAGCCAUGGUUUAUGGGACUCAGAAAUUAAAGAUAGAACAGAAAAAGAUGAUUUGGAAAAAAGUCACUCUUCUGAUCAAAGCUAUUUAGCCCCGAGGUUUCCUUUUCGGUUUCUUUUCAAUGAUAACAAUAAUUCUCCUUCCAAAUAUGGUGUUAGUGAAAAUGGUUUUGCUUCUGAUCCUUUCAGCACUGGAACUCCGAGAAGUCGGCACAACUUUAUGAUGCUAUUUUUGAAGUUGAGUUUAGUUGUGAUUGUAAUUUGUGCUCUUACUGGAUCGUUUUGGUGGGCAAUUUCAAUUUCAACCUCAUCAAGAAGUCAGUUAUCUCAUAACUUCAGGAAGCUUCAAGAACAACUUGUAUCAGAUUUAUGGGAUAUUGGGGAGAUAUCUGUUGGUUCUCCAAGGUCAAAAGAAUUGGAAUUUUGUUCCCAGGAUGCUGAAAAUUAUGUUCCUUGCUUCAAUCUAUCGCAAAAUCUUGCCUUGGGUUUUGCUGAUGGUAAUGAGUUGGAUCGACACUGUGAAGGUCGGUCAAGGCAAAAUUGUUUAGUUCUUCCACCUGUGAAUUAUAGGAUUCCACUUAGGUGGCCAACUGGAAGAGAUGUUAUCUGGGUUGCAAAUGUUAAAAUUACUGCCCAGGAGGUACUUUCCUCUGGAAGCAUGACCAAGAGGAUGAUGAUGUUGGAUGAAGAGCAGAUUUCCUUUCGCUCAGCCUCGCUAAUGUUUGAUGGCGUUGAAGACUACUCGCAUCAAAUAGCAGAAAUGAUUGGGCUGAGAAAUGAAUCUAACUUCAUUCAAGCUGGGGUUAGAACCAUCUUGGACAUAGGGUGUGGUUAUGGCAGCUUUGGAGCACAUCUCUCUUCCAAACAGCUCCUAACCAUGUGCAUUGCAAAUUAUGAGGCCUCAGGCAGUCAAGUUCAACUAACUCUUGAGAGAGGACUUCCUGCAAUGAUUGGUGCUUUUACUUCAAAACAGUUGCCAUAUCCGUCACUUUCCUUUGACAUGUUGCAUUGUGCUCGUUGUGGCAUUGAUUGGGACCAAAAAGAUGGUAUUCUCUUACUUGAAGUUGACAGAGUUUUGAAGCCAGGUGGAUACUUUGUCUGGACUUCACCACUUACCAAUCCUCAGCGUUUCCUCCGUAACAAGGAGAAUCAAAGAAGAUGGAACUUUGUUCGUGAUUUUGCAGAAAAAAUCUGUUGGGAGCAGUUGUCACAGCAAGAUGAAACUGUUGUAUGGAAAAAAACUAGUAAAGCGAGUUGUUAUAGUUCUCGGAAGCCUGGUUCUGGCCCUUCUAUCUGCAGCAAAGUCCAUGAUGUUGAAUCUCCCUAUUAUCUACCUCUCCAAGCCUGUAUAAGUGGAACACGCAGCCACCGAUGGAUACCUAUUGAAAAGAGGAGCACUUGGCCCUCUAGGGCUAACUUAAACAAGAAAGAACUUGCCAUACACGGUGUAGAUCAAGAAGAAUUCACCGAGGAUACUGAAGAUUGGAAAUCAGCAGUCCGUAACUAUUGGUCUCUUUUGUCCCCAUUAAUAUUUUCGGAUCAUCCUAAGAGACCUGGUGAUGAAGAUCCUUCUCCACCUUAUAACAUGGUCAGAAAUGUGCUGGACAUGAAUGCUCAUUUUGGUGGCUUUAAUUCUGCAUUACUGGAAAAAGGGAAAUCAGUGUGGGUCAUGAAUGUAGUCCCAACUAUUGCAACCAACUAUCUCCCAAUGAUUCUUGACAGAGGUUUUGUUGGUGUAUUGCAUAAUUGGUGUGAAGCAUUCCCAACAUACCCAAGAAAUUAUGACUUGGUGCAUGCAGCUGGACUUCUAUCCCUUGAAGCAGAUCAGCAUAGGUGCUCCAUGCUUGAUAUAUUCACUGAGAUAGAUCGUAUACUUCGUCCAGAGGGUUGGGUGAUAAUUCGUGACGAAACUCAUCUUAUUGAGGCAGCAAGAACUCUAACAACUAAGUUGAGGUGGGAUGCACGAGUCAUAGAAAUUGAGAGUAGCAGUGACGAGAGACUUCUUAUCUGCCAGAAACCAUUCUUUAAGAAACAAGCAAGCUAAUUCUGAGUUCUUUAAGGGAAGCUCAAGAAGUUCGAUCAUGGUAUUUAUAUUCAUUUAGUAGACAUUAUUGAAUUACUAUAAAGCUCCACCGUACAAAGGGGAGACCAAAAAUUUUGAAAGGAAAGGAAGAAAUCAGAACACAGAGAGCCAAACAAAAGUGAAUCAUGGUGGAACCAACCACAACUCCUAUGGAGCCGUAAGGCAUACAUAGGACCAUGUAAUUACUCAAAUUCAGGCGCAGUGAAAGUCAGAGAAGAAGUAUACAAUUAGAUUCAAAUUUAAUCUUUCAUGUCAUGUCUCAUUAUAAUUAUACAACUACAUGAUUAAGAUUGUGAAAAUGAUUAGAGAAUAAGGAUUUAUUUGCUGUAGUAUAUAAAAAAUCAGGUCAGUCCAUUCAUAUGAAGAAAAUUUUUCUUCAUUUUCUGUCAUAUUCUUGCUUUUGCAAGGCAUUUUUUCAAUGAACGUGUCUUUUAUUGAAGUGUUCAUCCCAAAGUUCGGCUUUAGAUUUUAUUCAUAGGUCUUUUGUAACAUGUACUUGAAAUUUCAUCCAGCUUUUAUUGUUUGAAGCUGGCAAUCUGACUUUAAUGGUGACAAAUAUUUGCACACGUGAUUAUUGUGAUCAA